UGGUAACAUCGGGAGGGUAUACGGUGCUAAACAGCCCAAAUCACAUGAACAACUGGGGAUAACGAACCCCCCAAAAUAUCCUACACAGAUUGAACCAUUGACAGGGUGAAUAGUGCAAGUCCUCCUUGGCCAAAAGGAAGGAGCGGCACCAGGGACCAUGUCUGAAAAUGGCCCUCACACAGAGGCGCCGCUGUACUUCGAGGUAGAGGUGGACCCCUUGGAAGGGGGCGAUGAGGACGACGAAGACAAGCUCCACUUCGACAAGGGUGAACAUCUGAUGGCGGAGUCCUCGUCGUCCGGCAGCCGCGUGUACGACCGCACCACAGUGCUCAUUGAACGGGACCCCAUCCGGCUGGACGAGGAAGGUGAGGAGGAGGGCCACUGCGGUGGUGACGAAGAUGGCGUCACAUUCCUAACCGAAGGGGAAGGCGACGAGGAGGAUGGCUCGCUGGCCUUCAUGGCUGACCCCGACGCCAUGUCACAGGGCUACGUGCACCACACCAUCUCCCCUGACCAGAUCCAGUUCACCAUCAAUCCGGGCUCCACCCCUAUGCCACGCAACAUAGAGGGUGCUACCCUCACCCUGCACUCGGAGUGUCCGGAGACCAAGCAAACGGAGGUGAAACGCUACCAGUGCAUGUUUGAAGGCUGCACCCGGACGUACAGCACGGCGGGGAACCUGCGCACACACCAGAAGACCCAUCGCGGCGAGUACACUUUCGUGUGCAACCAGCAAGGCUGCGGCAAGGCCUUCCUCACUUCAUACAGCCUCAAGAUCCACGUCCGUGUGCAUACCAAGGAGAAGCCAUUCGAGUGCGACGUGCAAGGCUGUGAGAAGGCCUUCAACACCCUGUACAGGCUAAAAGCACACCAGAGACUCCACACCGGUAAAACAUUCAACUGUGAAUCCGAAGGAUGCACAAAGUACUUUACCACUCUCAGUGACCUGAGGAAGCACAUUCGCACGCACACUGGAGAGAAGCCGUUCCGGUGUGACCACGACGGCUGCGGCAAAGCUUUUGCAGCAAGUCAUCACCUAAAAACCCAUGUACGGACCCACACAGGUGAAAAGCCUUUCAACUGUCCAAGUGACGGCUGCGAGAAGACGUUCAGUAGCCAGUACAGUUUGAAGAGUCAUAUUCGGGGUCACGAUAAGGGACAGCCAUUCAGCGUCACCCUCACUCACCCCCUGUCCGAAGAUGCAAAUCAUUCACUGUGCCUCAGUGACUUAAGUCUGAUCUCGACUGACUCUGAGCUUCGAGAGCAACUACACAAUGCACAGAAUUUGGACCUGAACAAUGUGACCCCGGUGAAAAUCUUUGAGCUCAUGUUCCAGAGUCCUGAAAAUAGCGUUAGCCAAGAUGAGGCCCAGCCUAGUGAGAGUCUUGCUGACCACUUUGGCCUCGAGACUCCCACCCCGCCGACAUUGACUGAAGCUUCAGCUCUGAUUUCUUACUCUCUCACAUCCACCUGCUCGUCCUCCUGCUCCCACACGGCCACUUUCAUGGAGGCUCCUCCUUCAUCUCAGGCCCUCGCCCCCGCCUCCGCUGCUGCCUCCUCCACUCAACCGCCCGCUUUCGUUCGCAUGUCCGACAGGCCCGUUCAGACUUCUGUCCAAGCGUCGAACCAUGUCGCCCCACAGCACUAUGUGACACUGCCGUCGACAUUCCUUCAACGGGACGCCGUGGCCCAGCCUGUUCCUCCGCCUCCACAAAUCUCGGCACCUGCUCCGGUGGCUCCAGUGCCAGGCGCUACACCAGCCACAUCUAUUGUUGCGAGCCCCGCCUCGGAUGCUAUGACAACUGUAGCUCAACCUGUGCCUUUGGCCAGUAAUACCGUAUCUGGUUCUUGCCCCGCUACCAUCACCAUCGCACCAACUCAGAACCUACUGCAGCCCGGCCUCGUUAUGUCCGACCAGAACCUUCAGUGGAUCCUGAGCAGCGCCGCCAACAGCCAGCAGAAUCCCGAACAAGCAUCACAAGGUGGUCCAAAAGUGGAGAAGGUGUUCUUCACUACAGCCAUACCAGUGGGUGGAAAUGCUGGGAGCUCAGUCCAACAGAUUGGUCUGAGCCUGCCCGUCAUCAUCAUCAAGCAGGAGGAGUCAUGUCAGUGUCACUGUGCCUGCAAGGACAUGACUAAAGACAAGAAUGCUGCCUCUGCGGCCUCCACCGCAGCACAACAGCAACCACCAGACACGACUCCUCCUCCUCCGCAACUCCAAGAGCCUUCAUGUCAUCCCGCUACCGCCUCUUCUUCUCCGUGCUGCCUCCCCGAGUCUUCCUCCAAGGUGGGUGAAGUCAAUCCCUCCUCAGCUCAGACGUUCCCCCAGUCGGCGUUGUCGUCCUCGCACGGGCUCGCCAAUAUGGACGUGUCAGACUUCCUCUCGCUGCAAAGCCCGGAGACUGCCGCCAACAUCGAGGCCCUGCUGCUUGUCACUGAUGACUUCAGCAUGGCCACCGAAGGCAAUCCUUAGACAAGUGUUUGUGUGUGAGACACACCUGCCUCUCUCCUUAAAUAGCGUGCUUCGAACCUCCUGUACCUUCAGUGCAUUCUCCUCUCUGUGGCAUUGUGCGACAUCCCUGCACAAACGUUUGAAUCUCUUUGCAGUAGUUGAGUUCACUGUUAACAGAUAGUAAUGACAAAUAAUGCAGGGAAAAUGCAGGUGUUUUUUUUUUUUUAUUCUUUUUUUUUGGGGGGGUGGAUAAUACACUUUGAAUUUUUAUUUAAGUAAAUGAUGACAUCCAGUCUAAUUGUGCUGUCCAGACACUGAAAUUGCGAGAGUUCCCAUUUUCCUGGCUCGGAGCAAGUGUGUUGUACUGCACUCCCAAAAAAUCCUGACACAUGCUUGUAGCUGGUUUUAAUGCACUGAUCAAGAGUAGCUCCCAGCACAAUCUUCACGGGUGGACACGCUUGUAAACAAGUCCAAAAGAUGUGAUUUUUUUGCAAAUUUAGAUUUGAGCCACCUUGUUAAAAUAGCUACAUCGCAUCGCUUCCCUGUAACUUAACGCUAAUUUAAAAUUGUACAUUAUAAUUUAUUUAAACCUUUAAUUUCCUAUUGGCAAUGCUGUCAUGAUAGAUGAAGAGUCUUUUAUUAAUUUAUUCUAAAUGUAUAUUUUAGUUGAUUUUUUUUUCUCUCUCUCUGUGUUAAUGAAUGACUUUCCUCUUUGGGAAGAAGAUGCCAAGAUAAUGUCCUCACUGCAACCACAACUACUACUGUCUAUCAUUGUAGGGCUGUGACCCUCUCAGUGAGGCAUCGGGUCAUAACCGAUCCCGGUUCCCUCCAUUUGUUUGCACCCACCCCACCCCUGUGUUUUGCUGCACUCUUCCUUGUACCUACACACUAACCUUAUUAAAAUGUGCAGCUCACAAUUUGUGUACGCAGUAGCUGCAACUGCAUCAUUUGAAACCAGAGGGUGGGAAACCUGCAGCCCGCCAUGCAAUUCCAAUAACCAUUUUCUAAAUUGCUUGUUCUCAUUUGGGUUGUGGAUAAGCUGGAGCCUCUCCCAGCUGACUUUAGUGUAGAGUUGCGGUACACUCUGGACUCAACACCAGCCAAUCGCAGGCAAUUUUAAUCAGCUCGCUUAUACGCAGUCCCAAGACUUUAUAGACUGCUCGCAAAACGUUAGUGAUCAACACUCUACUUUUGGGUGAAACUUCUGGAUUAAACUAAAUUGCACUAUAAUCUUUAGAGGUGAAUUUAGGCCCACCAGAUACCAAGCGACCCAACUGAACUGGACAAUCUCAAACAAAUUACAGUUUGCUACUCCCCCUCGCACACAUACGAAUUUACUGCAACAGAAAAACAGCAACCCCUAUUGUUCUUACAGGAAAGGUAUUGAACUACAAACAAUGAUUCACGAUUGUGAAGGAAAGUGUUUUGCCCUGUCCGCUCUAGCUAUAUUAUAAUACUAAGUAAAGAAAUGGGUGAAAAUAUGUGGAUAUUUGAGAGGCUAUUGGCAAUUCAUUCAUUGACUACACAUGUAUUUCAGUGAGAGACUCACCACGCUUUGCUUUUUAACCAAGGGGUUAUAUGAAAUUAUAAAUUUCACUGUUGUUGUAAAACACAGUAUAUUGUUGCUGUGAGACAGAAUCCUCACAUUUCCAAAAUCACUAUUUUUCAGGGGGGGAAAAAAAAAAAAAGCA